AUGAUUAAAAAUGGUAUUAGUAUUCUUCAUUUUAAUAGACCAAGACUAUAUUUGAAUUGCCACCGGUCAGUAUCUACAUAUGUUGCGUUAAGCAAGAUACCUUUAAUGCAUAAGGAGAUCUAUGUCCGUCGACGUGUCCGAAGUGAUAGCAAUCGAUUGAAUAAACAAUCAGUUAGAAACAAACUGACAAACGAUGGGAGUGGAAAUAAUAAACCAGGAAGUGAUAAGACUAUAACAUCAGCAAACAACAUUUCAAAAGAGACAGAAUUAAAGCAAUCCAAAACAAAUAAAUCUGCAAAACAAGCCCCAGAGCAAGCUCCAGAACAACCCAGAUGGUUAGAAUCUCAAGCGAUAUUACCAGAAGAGAAAAAUAUCAAUAAGGAUGUGCCAAAUUCACCUGAGAAUAUAGAAGAUGAAACGCCAGCAGAUCCUAGUGUCCCCAAACCAAAUGUAUCCAAUAUCAAGAACCAGUUAGACCAAGACGAAUCUAUAGAAGAAAUGGAGGAUUUUGAUGAAUUCAAUAAGGAUGACUUUCUCACUACUAUUUUUGAAAACAUGGAACCAUAUAUGGAUACGUAUGAAGUUUACACACAGCUUGUUAAGGCAGGAUUCAAGCCAGACCAAGCAGAUGAGAUAAUAAAUUUAUUGAUAGUACAAUUAAACUCAAAGCUUUCGAAGUUGUCUACUAAAUACUCACAACUAUAUGAGUUAGAGAACGAGAGAUAUCUUUUCGAAAGUGCACAACAAGAGCUUAGAGUUGAUAUUACCAGAUCGAGAGAAUUGCAUAUUAAUGAAUUAAUCAACUUAAUUAACAUUUUGGAAAGAGACUUUAAUAUAAUAUCAGACGAAUUGAACAACGAAUUUAUUCAAAUGAAGAAUGACACUCAAGUAGCGAUGAAUGAUCAGAAUUCUGAAAAUACAUUACAUGCUAAAAAGAUACGAUUGAGGAUUCAGGAGACGAAUCAUAAGAUAACAACAGAAUUAAAUUCGGCAAUGAGAUCAGAAAUUGAGAGUUUGAGGUGGCAUAUAUCCAGAUGGGGUUUAAUGGCUAUUUUGGUAUCAGUAUUUUCUGGAUGUACGGUGUUUUACAUCAAUAAAGUCAAGACAAUGAAACGAUUACAGAAUACGAAUGAGUUUGUUCCUUUAGUUAUAUAUGAGCCGAGCGAGUACGACGAGGACGAUUAUCAUACCGAUUUAGAUGAAAGUUUAAUUAGUUAG